GCUUGCUCAUCCACUACUUUAAACUCUUAGAACUAUUCAAAUAAUUACAAAUGUUGUUAUAACCUGUGUGCACAAAUGUUAAAGCAUUUAGUUUACAAAUUCAACAUUUCUAUCUUUAGUUUGGUUUUCCAAACAUGGACAUGUGAGAGAAAUAUUAUCCGCCUAGACCAAAACUUAACUUUGACUUGUUCAAAGGACAAACAAGGUGAAUGACAGUUAGUAACAACUGUCUAUUCUACCAGUCUAUCAAUCUACUAGGUAUUUGAAUGUAGAUUAUUUUGGCCCUCUUCCAGUUAGGUGUCACAAACUUGGAGGAUGCUUUUGAACAUAUUGGAGAAGUUCUGAAGUGUGUAAAGAACAAGCACCUUGAAGAAGCAUGCUAGAUGAAGGGCUGGGUGGUGAACUAGAGAUGAUGAUUGCAACAAAGAUGGUCCUCCAUGACUGGCAAAUGAAAGAGGUAGAUUGCACUUUCUUGUUCCUCCCUCAUCAGUGGGAGGAUGGCUUGUUAGAAUCAAAUACUAUGCAUGGAAUAGAUAAAGAGACGGUGGCUAAUGAUAGUCAAGCGUACCUGCAGCAUCACGUGAAGCCAUCACAAAUGUAAUCUCAUCCCAGUAGCAAAGAAGUUUACCAGUACAAAGGGAUCUCUAUUCUCUUUAGUGAGAAAGAACUAAAUGAUGAGACAGCCAACGAAGUCCCUAAAUGAUGAUGAAACUGGAGAUCAAAAAAGGCUAAUGAGAGGGAGAUACCAAGUUCCAGCAGCUGGGCUAGACGUAUGCUUGGAAGAAAACAUGGCUCUCUUUUUGUAGUUAGGAAUUAUUGUUAUCACAUCCAGCAUAUUUUUGUUCUUCCAAGAUGAUGAGUUCUAGUUAUUUAUUAUGUAAAAUUAUCCCUGAAUAUUCUGGGAUUUGAUCCAUGGAGGCAUGGAGUGACAGUUAGUAGGAUACACAUGGAAAGAUGAAUCAACAUUCAGAAACAUGGUGGCCUAAGUAAUGAAAAAAAUCAUUCAAG